GUGGUGGCGCGUGCGCACAGAGAAGCUGCUGGGCCGCACCAUUGCCAGUCAUGUUGGGGCCCGAAUCCGAGCGCGUGUUGCGUUACCUGAGCGAGGUAGAGGAGCUGGCCGAGGCGGUGUUGGCCGACAAGCAGCAGAUAGUGGACUUGGACUUGAAAAGGAACCAGAACCGGGAAGCUCUGAGGGCUCUGCAGAGAGAUCCUAGCCCGUCAGAUAAAGUGAUGGUUUGUUUUGGAAACAUGUUCAUCAAGCUUCCCCGACCACGGACAAAGGAUAUGAUUCAGAAAGAUCAGGAGCAUCUGGAUGAGGAGAUAGAGAAACUCCGGAAACAGUUGAAAAAGAAGGUCAAUCGUCUCUUGGAAGCCCAAGGUAAACCGGAGUUGAGGGGAUUUAACUUGAAGCCGUUGAGCCAAGAGGAGAUGAGAGCCCUUAAUGUCAUCUUGAAAGGAUGAAGUUCAGCAAUCAAGGCCCAGCAUGGAGGCUUAAAUCAUUCAUUCCUAAAUGUCCACAGAACUGCUUUACCACUAUGCCAAUAACGCAUAGUAGGAACUAGCUUCAGAAAUCUAUCAGAUUGCAGUUUGCUACUAAAGACUUUUUUGUUUACAAGAUUUGGCUGCUUUAUUAAGGCCAGGAACCUACAGCCUGUUAUUAUCCACCCAGGAUACCACCAGGGUGGGCUGAAACACCAAGCCUAUUGAUAGUCCUUGGAGAAGAUCCAAGAUGAGAGGCUGGGGCAACAGCAGUGGGAGCAUUAGAAUGACUGCCACAGGCACUUCCAACAAUGUCCUGCUGUCUGGGAGGGUGCGUUUUUCCUCUGCCUCAGACCCACAGCUUGACUAUUGUUCUAGUUCUGGGGAAGGGAGUGGGAGAGUGUGAGCUCUUCAUUCCAGCAUAACCUCUCCACUGUGGAGAAAGAAUGAAGAAAGAUUUCACAGGCCAAUGACUGAGUUUAUAGCAGGUAUGAGUAGAGCAGCAAAGUUCAGUGGUGGUUUUUGAUAGACAGGAAACUUUUAUUUGUGGUUCACCACACAGUUCAUGCAACUAGCGCUAAAGACAGAGUUCACAUUUCCCAACACAGCUCCCUCUUUUCAAUUCUUUUUGCAUUCUGAUUACAUCAGAGCUUUUAAUAGACUCUUGUUAAUACCUCAUAGAUCAGGCUUUGUUGAGGCUUUGUCUCAAAAGGAAUUGCUCCGGCAGUUGUUUCUUCCGUAAUUUCAGGGCUUAAGGAAAAUUUACUAUUGAACAUUUCUCUGUCUAUAGUUCUAUAGCUUCAUGGAAUUUGCCAGAGUCUAUUCCUUGAGGUGGAAAUACCUCAUGAUUAUACCAAAUUAAUUUCUAACGAGCCAUAAAACAAACAAAUUAAAAAAAAAACUGAGCAGAAUAAAGUCCCUGGAUGGAAUUAA